UGCAAGUGCCGAUUGGGCACAUCUUGCGGCAGCCUGGUGGAAUAGCCGAAGAUACAGCGAGAAACCUUCACCAUCCGCGAAAACAUAUUAUAUAUAUAUAUAUAUAUAAAUGUUCGGCAAUCACGAGUAUUAAAAUUUAAACCCGCUCAGGCUUCCCUACAUUCAUACAUCACUCACAGAAAAUGAAGGGCUCAUCAUGUGUCGGCCAUAGAGGAUUACCAGAAUUGUGCUGGCUGUUAUUAGGAUAUGUCAAGGAUGCACUAUCACCAGAAUUGAGCCAUGCUUGAAGCAUUUUAUGCAUACAUUCUUCUUGGUCAAAGCCAGAUGGAUCUGCCUUAUUACUGAUGGUUUGGGUUUCAAUUAGUAGUUUUGUGCCAUCAUGGUAAUGGCAGUGACAGCCCUGGCCAAUUAUGAUUUGGUGCAAGGGGGCCACUAAUGAUAUUAUUUAGUACUUCUCAGAAGAUGUCAUCAAAAUUCUUAAUAGCAUUUCGACUCACUGAUUUAUGUGAUGGUUUAUAGUUGACUCUUUCUUUUCUCUUUUGGAUGAUAGCAGGUAGGGCUUUUCCUUGUGGUCUGUGGGCAUGAGUCCUGCUGAUUUGCAAGAUAUUUUCUAGUGGACUAGAUUAGUUUGCUUGAUGGGCUGCUAUCACUCAAAGAAAGCUAAAUCAAAAUCACCAAGCUACGAGGAUCCUUCAAUUCUUUCUGCUGAAACACCCUUUACUGUCAAUGAAGUGGAGGCCUUACAUGAGCUUUUUAAGAAAUUGAGCAGUUCAAUUAUUGAUGAUGGGCUCAUUCACAAGGAAGAAUUCCAGCUUGCACUGUUCAGGAAUAGGAAUAAAAGAAAUCUCUUUGCAGACAGGGUUUUCGAUGUAUUUGAUGUGAAGCGCAAUGGGGUUAUUGAGUUUGGAGAAUUUGUUCGAUCAUUGGGUGUCUUUCAUCCAAAUACACCUAUAGAAGACAAAAUCGCAUUUACUUUCAAAUUAUAUGACCUGAGGCAAACUGGGUAUAUUGAAAGAGAGGAGUUGAAGGACAUGGUUGUGGCGCUUUUGCAAGAAUCAGAUUUGGUACUUUCAGAUGAUGUUAUUGAAAUAAUCGUGCAUAAGACAUUUAGUGAAGCAGAUGCAAAAGGUGAUGGAAGAAUUGACCAAGAAGAGUGGAAGGAAUUUGUGUUGAAGAAUCCGUCUCUAAUAAAGAACAUGACUCUCCCCUAUUUAAAGACGGGAUUUCUUGUUUUGACUAUGAAGUUACUAUUAAGCUCGUCUAGGCGACCAGGGAUAUAACUGUAACGUUCCCGAGUUUUGUGGUAACUUCAGAAGCUGAAGAUUCAGAAAUAUGAUGCUUAAAACUUCAGAAAGGUGGAAUCAACAAUCUCGUGUCCGAUGGAGAAAUAUUUUGAUUUCCUGUUCUUUGAUGAAACGUGAACGUUGGACAAAAUUAUGAAUAAGACUAUAACCCCAGUUCAAAAACUGGAAGAAGAGUAGUUAAUCGCACGAAGAAGAGCCAACAACUAGGACUCUUUCAACAAGCUGUAAUUCUCAUUGCUAUCUUUGAAAAUUUAUCUGUGUUCUUCGAAUGCAAAGUUGAUACCAAUAAAUUGUAUGACCCAA